AUGUCCCUCGCUACUUGUGCUCUCCGAAUCUCGCGCUCCGCCGCCACCCCUACUGCACGUAUAAGUCUCGCCCGCACCUUCUCCGUUGCCAGGCCACGUCUGGCUCAGGACCCCAAGAAUAGCAAGAAUGCCGUCCACGAGUACGAGGUCCCUUUCACGCGAUACGGCGCCGGCCAGGACCACGGCGAACACAGCAGCCUCAACGUCCACCCGGACGAUGCCCGCGUGCCGCAGGAGAGCCCGACACCGCGCACCGACGACCCGAUCCAGCCCCUGAGCGGCCGCGUGUACGAGGCCCUCCCCCCCACUAUGAAGAGCAUGAGCGUCUACGGCAAGACCGUCAUCGUCACCGGCGGCGCCCGCGGCCUGGGAAACAGCAUGGCCCGCGCCUGCGCCGAGGCCGGCGCUAGCAAUAUCGUCAUCUUCGACGCCAACCAGGAGCUGGGCGACGAGGCCGCCGCCGAGCUGCACGACAAGUCGGGUCUCCCCGUCUCAUUCUUCAAGGUCGACGUCCGCGACGGCGGCGCCAUCAACGCCGCCGUCGACUCGGUCGUCGAGCACUUCGGCGCCCCGGACGUGCUGGUCAACGCCGCUGGCAUCGCCGACUCCAACAUCAAGGCCGAGACCUACGACCCCGCCAUGUUCCGCCGCCUCAUCGACAUCAACCUCAACGGCACCUUCCUCAUGACCCAGGCCGUCGGCCGCGCCAUGAUGGCUGCCGGCAAGCCCGGCAGCAUGGUCCUCGUCGCCUCCAUGUCGGGCAGCAUCGUCAACUACCCCCAGGAGCAGAGCUGCUACAACGCCUCCAAGGCCGGCGUCAUACAGUACGCCAAGUCCAUCGCCGCCGAGUGGGCCAAGCACGGCAUCCGGGUCAACUGCAUCUCCCCCGGUUACAUGGACACGGCCCUGAACCGCGUGCCCGCCCUAGACGCCCAGAAGAAGAUCUGGAGGUCCCUCACUCCUCAGGGCCGUCUGGGCAACGUCGACGAGCUCAAUGGGCUGUGUGUCUACCUGGCCUCGGACUCUUCUAAGUUUAUGACUGGGUCUAACCUGAUUUGCGAUGGUGGAUACACAUGUUAUUAG